CGUGAAUCGUCAGUGAACUGGUCGACGGUCGGAAAUUGACCGAGGACGUGCUUUUGAUUUUGACCGCUACUAUACUACUACUGGUAGUUUUUGGGCUAUCUGGGAGGUGGUGGGGCAUAUGCGACGGUGUGGGUCAUUGGGCGGGAGAGUGUGGUGGGGAGCGAGAGGCGUGUGCUUUUGGGUCGCCGGUAUCGAGCGCGAUCGAGCGCGCGGAAAAGAGGCGGUGACGUGGACGGGGAGGGAAGCCGCAGCUGAGGGUGCAUGGCGCGCAAGGGGGAUCGCUCAAGGGCGGCAAAGGGAAGAAAGGCGCGUUCGCGGGGUUUGGCGGGGGUGGAGCUGAGAGGACCUCUAGGCCAUGUAGUGGUCGUCGUCAGACGCAUCGGGCGGCAUUGAGCGGGAAGUCACCACAUUUGGUAACUUUGGCGGGAAAUUAAACCACAUUUGGUAACUUUGGCGGGGAAUUAAGGGACAGGAGGGAGCAUCUAAGAAAGACUGUGGUCAAGGCGGGAUGCACGUUUUUGUUUUCCAAACAGAAUGCGAAUUUCCCAAGAAUCGUCGAUUGGCAUUGACCGACGAUUGGCAUUGACCGACCGUGCGUCAUCGAGAGAUCGACGUAUUCGCGGUGGCGGUCGUUUCGGUCUUUUCCUGCGCAGAACGUGUUUCUUAUUAGGGCCAGAUCCCACUAGCCCCUAUUGUUCAUUUCUGACCGUUGAUCUUCGCAAUCGAGGGUGAAAAAUGAAUAAUCCAGGGUAGUGGGAUCUCACCCUUAUCCCGCCAAUACUGCGUUUCAUUAUUACCCGCCGAUGCCUCGCCUUGCUUUCCCGCUGAUGCCUCGCCUCACUUUCCAGGUAUAUGCCCGACUGGCGUUGUCUGGCCUCUGAUCCCCGACCGUUAUACACUUGGCGCUUCCCUCGGCAUCCGUGGGGCCAACUUUCCACGCCCUUGUCCCACGUGUUUCGCUUGGCCAGCCCUUUGGAUCGGCGAGAGGCCGGAUGAGUGGCCGCCGCCCUAAUGACGACGCCUGGGUCAGUGCAAGGUACCACAGGGGGAUGAUCAGGCAGAAUUUUCUCCUCCUGAGGUGCAAAGGACGAGAGUCUCGAAGGAAUGACGCUGGGGCCGGCAUUUUUAUUUUUAUGUUAGUAGGGCGGGUGGUAGCAAUAUGAAGACGACAACAAGGAUGAUGACGACGAUGGGUGGGACUAUGAAUCUGACGGUGUGGAUGUGGAUCGUCGCGGAGUAUCGACGGUGAAUCCGGAUAGGAAGAGUCACUUGAUCCUACCGGAGACUGGCUGCAAUAGAUUGACACAGCGCGUGUUCGUUGGUGUGUUGCUUGUGUGUGUGUGUGUGUGUGUGUGUGUGUGUGUGUGAGAGAGAGAGAGAGAGAGAGAGAGAGAGAGAGAGAGAGAGGAGAGGAGAGGUGGAGGAUAAUGGAUGGGGAGGAGGAAGGGCUAUUUGAGGACAACCAUAGGGGGUUGGCGCUGGCGGUGACUUCGAGCUUGUUCAUCGGGGCUAGUUUUAUUGUGAAGAAGAAAGGGUUAAAGAAGGCAGGGGCGACGGGGUUGAGGGCAGGGCAUGGGGGAUAUUCCUAUCUGCUAGAGCCAUUAUGGUGGGCGGGCAUGAUAACGAUGGUGGUAGGGGAGAUAGCCAAUUUCGCGGCUUACGCGUUUGCUCCGGCGAUUCUUGUCACUCCGUUAGGAGCUUUGAGUAUCAUCGUGAGCGCGGUCUUAGCGCACGCGAUGCUGAACGAGAAGUUGCACGUGUUAGGUAUCUUAGGGUGUAUUUUUUGCGUAGUUGGAUCGACCAUGAUCGUUCUUCAUGCCCCUGCUGAGAGGCCGCUUGAAUCUGUCCGACAAGUUUGGUCUAUGGCUACCGAACCCGGAUUUGUCGUCUACGCUAUCUCCGUAGUUGUCGUAGUUCUCAUUUUGGUUUUUCAUUUCGCUCCUAAAUGUGGCCAUACUCACAUCCUUGUGUAUAUCGCCAUUUGUUCCUUAAUGGGCUCUCUUUCCGUCAUGAGCUGUAAGGCUCUCGGCAUUGCCCUUAAACUCACUUUCACGGGGGAUAACCAGCUCUACUACCCGGAGACCUAUAUGUUCGCCAUGGUCGUUGCGACCUGCGUUGUCACGCAGAUGAACUACCUGAACAAGGCUCUCGACACUUUCAAUGCCGCCAUUGUUUCGCCUAUCUACUACGUAAUGUUUACCUCGCUGACCAUUCUUGCUAGCGUUAUAAUGUUUAAGGAUUGGGAUCGACAGACUGGAACUCAGAUUGUAUCCGAGUUGUGCGGAUUCGUGACCAUUCUGGGAGGAACCUUCUUGCUCCAUGCGACUAAGGACACCAAUGAGAUGUUCUCGGGACUGGCGGUAUUGACAGCUGGUCAGCGACCGAGCGGCGGCCCCACAGCGUCCACUCCAACCUCCGGUCCUAGGAAACCGAGUCUUAUGGCCGGUGCAAAUGACGAAGACGGCGACGAGAUGAUGCCGUUGUAUCGCCAAGAAGCAUUCCAGAUGGCAGGUUCAAAAUAGUUAUUAUAGGCUAAACGAUGGUGAUGGGGGUAGAGAUGAUGAUGAUGAAGAAGAAGAAGAAGAUAGUCAUGUAUGCUAUCUAGCUGAAGAAGAGAGGCGAAGAGGGAUGGAGAGGGGGGGCGUGUGUUCCGAUUUCAUGAGGGUUUUCCUCACGAGAGGUUCUCUUUAUCACUCCAAACACUCUUGCUCGCUCAUCUAUAUGCCAUUCUCCUCGCUACUUUCUUUUCCUCCCCCCCGCGAAUAGAACGUUCGGUCAUUUUCGCUGCAUCUGGACCGACGUGUGCGCCAAAUACGUCCUUAAUGACCGGACGUUCUAUUUCGCGGGAAGACGAAUAUUGUUUGGUUACCUGCUAACAUCGCACUGCGCGGGUAUCCCGAAAGAAAUCGAUUCAAUAUUUUUGUUUUUUCACAGCCCCGCGUCUCUCAUCCUUUCCUUUCCUCUCUCUCUCUCUCUCUCUCCCUCUCUCUCUCUCUCUCUCUCUCUCUUUCUGCAAUCCUUUUCUCUCUCGUUCUGCCUACGGUUCACCAGGAAGUCUCUCUGACGAAUGAUAUAUUGUGCGAGAGAAAAAGACACAUGUAAUUGGAUGUCACAGCCGCGCUCGUGAGCGGGGGGUGAAAGGGUAAAAGGGUAUAAAAGGGAGGCAGGCGGGGUCUAGAGGUAGCGGGUGGAUAGGUUUUUAGGUUGAAUCGUGCCCUGAUCAGAGGUUCUCGUUCCUUUUAGCGGGGAUGUUCUUUUCCGUUCCUCUCUCCUCUCUCCUCUUUUCCGUCUUUCUCAUGGAUCUCUUCUCCCACUUCUUUUUUAUUUCUCUUCCUCGCUCUUGAGUUCUGACAAUGGGACGGCCGAGGGGAUCUCCGCCGUUGAAGAAGAUGCGAUAUUGGCGAUUGGGAUUGGAGGAUAUCACAAGUUGAGAAUGAGGAGGAGCUGAUUUGGGGAGGUUUUAUUCUUGAACUUGCAUAGGUUUUGUGGAGGUGUUCAUUUCUUUUUCUCAUUUAAAGAUUUAUAGAGGUUGAUUGGGAUUAGCGAGGGCGAUGGUGAAGUGUGGUGUUAUAAUGGGGGGGGGGUUGAAGGGGGCAGCCCUCAGAAAAAUGGUAUACGGAUGGAGACGGAGACACAGAGGAAGAGAAGGGUAGGUCCGGGAGGGAUAGACGAAGAACGACUGAGAGAAGGAAGGUGUGUUCUUGUAGAGCUCUUUUUGUGUGGUGUAGCUUGUCGUAGGGGGAGGGAGAGGUGUCUUCGAAGCAGGAGGUCUCAGGAUCGUAAGGAAGGGUGGAGUCUUAUGACGGAGACGGUCAAGUUUGCCGCGUUGUGAUGGUUGAUUUUGAUACUUGGGGAGUUUGGAUAACCUAAGGAACUUGCCAGGUCUACGUGGGGAAGUGGUAGGAAUAAUUAUUCCUCAAUUGGGGAGAAACGCUGAGAUGACUUGCCAGUGCUUCACUUGGCGACGUUUGUAAUCUUGUUCUCUGUGGAAACCCUUGGUUUCUGUCUCUCUGUCAGAAGAAGCUAGUCUCAUUCUCUAUCUGUUGUCUUUCUUUGUGUGAGUCCUGUGUGUGUGUGUGUGUGUGUGUGUGUGUGUGUGUGUGUGUGUGCGCGCGCGUGGUCGUCUGUGGAGGAAAAGACGGGAGUUGAUAGUGGUUAGCUGGCGAUAUUGCGCGAUGCAUGUAGUGGAAUGGAUAUGCUCAUCCCUUUGAAAAAGUGGCUGUGGGGAGAGUCGAAUCACUCGGAGGGAUGUACAGUAGCCAAGCUUGUGAGGGGAUGACAGAAGAGGCAGCCCCAUGAUGCACUUGGAGCACUCAAACGGGAGUGGAGAGACCGUGCCGGGGGGGAGGAAGAGAGAGAGAGAGAGAGAGAGAGAGAGAGAGAGAGAGAGAGGUGAAGCAUACGCGCAGUGGCGUUGCGCGACGAUUUUGUAGUGGACGAGCACCUUCGGUACUGAGGGAACUGUGUUUGACCCUCGGUGUCGAUGUGGGCAAUGCGAAAGUGCGAUCG